UUUUAUUUUUUUUGCAAUCGUAUAUAAAAAAAGGUUAUUUUGAUAAAAAUGUCAUCAACUAGUACUCAUAAAUUAGAAGAAGCUCCUUUGAUAAUUCAAGAUCAAAAGAGAAGAAAGCUUGAUCAACAAAUGACGAUUCCAAUGCCUUCUGAAAGCUUAAAAUCCAAUUCAAAUGGUACUUUAAUCGAUAACAGUAAUGGUACCAUGACUCCUAUUGCAUCAACUAAACCUAUGGAAAUAGAUUCUCAAGAAUAUAUUGAAUGUCCCUGUGGUCAUAUGCAUGGUCCUGGUCAAGGAGAUCAUCAUGACAUCCAUGCGGUUGGUUUGGCCAGUGUUCCAUUAUUAAGAGGAGAUUAAGUAAAACUUAUUUGUAUCAUAAAAAUCUUGCAUUGUAUAUAUGUAUUACUA